AUGCCUAAACGCUCACGAGAAGAUUCCCCCUCGCCGACGACGACCUUUUCGCUUUCUCCAACACCAGAUCCUUCGUCUCCAGCCUCAACAGAUGCACCAGUGCACCCUUCAAAGUACAUACAGACAUCGGACGAGCGUUCUACACGAAGAGUUAUGAAAUGCUCCCUUCCACCCCACCAUGAUACGAUAUCAUUCUCUACCUUCGAGGAAUUCGAGCUCCAUUACGCUAGAGAGCACGCACAUCGAUGUUCUGAAUGCCGGAAAAACUUCCCUACAGAGCACUUCCUAGGGCUACAUAUUAGCGAGAAUCAUGAUCCUUUGACCGAAGCACGGAGAGCAAAGGAAGAGAAGACGGUACGUCUGGGCAGAUUAUUGCUCUGGGAAAGAUCUGGGAAAUAUCAAGUCGGUGCUGACAGCGAGCAACAGUACCAAUGUUUCGUUGAAGACUGCGACAAAAUUUGCUCGACUGCGCAAAAACGACGGAUGCAUCUCACAGAUAAACAUAUCUUCCCCAAGAAUUAUGAUUUCCAAAUCGUUAAUACAGGCAUUGACAAGCGUAGCUCCAUGCUGCGUUCCCGGCCAAGAAAGCAUAGCUCUGCUGCGUCCAGAGCUUUCCACCGCGAGCAACAUACUAACAGUACCGAGGCCUUUCAAGGUCACAAUCCUGACUCUGCAAAUACACUCGAAUCUUCAGCGGCAGAGACUAGCAAAGGAAGCAGUGGAAGACUAGGUCAUUCGCCUUCUCUUCCAGCGGACAUCGAUGAACUCGUGUCGACGAUGUCCGCCCUUAAAUUUGUGCCCCCUAGUGUUCAUUUUGGACGAGGAGGGCGGCGAGGUGGCUUGAUCCCCGAUGUGUACGCCCCUAUCUGCUCUUCCCAUGUGCAUACGGCCUGUUUGAAUGAUGAAAACCCCCAAGAGCUGCAAAUCAUUAUGAGCCCAGAGUGUGGUUCCUUCUGUUGA